UCGUAUAGUAAAACAGAAGAAGUCAAUGGAGUUUGUUGCCAAGUCAGUCAUAACGAAGAGCCGCCAUUGAGAAAUGUGAGCUGAUUGUAAAAUAAAAUUUAGGCGGUGCGUGAAAUAUGACCCGUAAAAGAAGUGGCGUUUGGGAUUAUUUUAAUGACGUGUGCCCCGAUUCGGUCGUGUGCGUCCUGUGUAGGACUUCGCUGUUUAAACACGAGCAAGGCAGCACCACGCGGAUGUUGAGACAUCUGCGGACUCAACAUCCAAAUGAGGCGGCGGCCAUGGCGGCUAAAAAACAAGGCCGGGGAACCACCGUUGCCUCCGGUUUCGGAAUGCAGCCCAUGGAAAGCAGCGAAGCACAAGUGGAGGUGGAACUGGAGGAGGGAUAUUCAGACCUUCCCGCUGCGAAUGAAGAUGACAUUGAUUCUGCGAUAAAUGGGAUCCUCGUAGCUGUACAAGGAGGGGAGCCCGUGAAAGAAACUCCGAAAGAGGCAUUAGUAGCCGUGGUUCAAGAGGAACCCGCGUUAAGCGGUAAAUGCCACCGCCGCAGCUUGAUCUGGAAACAUUUUGAACCUCUGGGCAGUUUGAAUGCCGCUCAAUGUUUGAUUUGCAAGAAGAAGAUCAUGUGCUCCGAGGGCAAGACGAGCAACUUGUACCGACACAUGUCAAAGACCCACUCGCAGGUGAACCCGCAAGCGGGCAUAGCUGCGAGUGAAGCCGAUUCUGAAAUGAACAGUGUCGUUGGAGCAGACCAAGGAGACCGUGUGGGAGAAAAACCGGAAGGAAAAGUCAUGAUUGAAAAUCUGCUGGGUUCAAUGAGUAAAUGCCACCGCCGCAGCUCAAUCUGGAAAUUUUUCGAGCCCUUGGGGAGUUGGAACGUUGCUCAAUGUUUGCUCUGCAAAAAGAAGAUGAAGUGCCCCGACGGCAAGACGAGCAACUUGCAUCGACACAUGUCAAAGACCCACCCGCAGGUGCAUCAGCGAACUGGCAAGGCAGCCAAGCUCACGAAACCCAGCUCGCCCUCACAGAGUUCCAGUUUUCUUCAGGAGACGUGUCCGGUGGAGUUAACGGAUGAGGGAGAAAUGGCAGAUGUGAUAAACGUUUCAAAAGCGGACCUGUCGGAGAGGCGCAUUUUCAAAAGGGAGCGGGAGUUGAUCGACGCUCUAAGGAGGACACAGAGGGAGGAGGCGAAGGCCCUGGAGCAUCAGCGGGAGCUGAUCGAGAGCCUGCGGGCAGUCAACGCCAGGGAGGCCGCCGCAGAGAAGAAGCAGAUUGAGUCCCUCAGGAGGACACAGCAGGAGGAAGCCAAAGAUUUAAUGAGACAGAGAGAAGAGCUGGAGACGGAAAGGGCAGAGCAGAAGAAGAGAUGGGAGGAGCUGGAGCAGGAAAAGAAACAGUUUUUCUUGCUGUCCAAUGAACCGGCAGCUCCAGCCUUGGUUUCGCAAGAAUGAUCUUUGUUUUAAUUGUAACGUUGUGGGAACUGUGCACGUUUAGUUAGCACAUCUGACUCGCAGUUGUGCCGAUCUCUGUUCAAAUCCCGGCCCCGUUUGCAUGGAGUUUGCACGAUUUGCCUUUGCCUGGGUUCCGGAUUCCUCCCCACACCUCAAAAACUUGCAGGGCAGGUUGAUCGAAGACUCUAAAUUGCCUGCAGGUAUGAAUGCGGGUGUGAAAAGUUAUGUCUGCCCUUCAAUUUGCCUGGUGGCCUCUGCAGGGGUGUACCGUGACUCUCGCCCGAAGGUAGCUGGGUUAGGCUCCACCACGCCCGCAGCCCGAGUGAGGGAAAGAAAACAAAACGGAAGAUGAAUGAAUGUGCCAUUGUGUACCAAUGCAACCAUCCAAGGGCAUUAAUAUACACUAUUCGCAAAAAGUUGUGAUAUUUCGAAUUUGGGUUACAUUUACAGAAUUAUCCUUAAAUGCAGUCAUGUACAUAAGUGAAAUAAGGCAUAACACAAUUGACACCUCCGUACAGGGCACUUAACCACGCCUCCUGAAGUGACGUCACGCCACGUGCGCUAACGUCAGACAAACAAUUAGCAAAAAAUGGCGUCGCAGGAAGAAAAGACGAGAGCGAAAUUGUCCGAUUUACCAGCUGAUUUUUCACUCGCAUUCUUACCGAUGAGUGAAAUAGCGUUGAAGAGCAGACAGCAGGGCUUCAAGUAUUUCAGCGAGGGGUAUUUCAUUGGUAUUUCCAUACGUAUCGACGGAGAAACCAUCGAUAUUAGCGCGAGAUCUUUCCGGAGUCAGAGGAAGACCGAGAAGCCACAUAAUAUAAUAUAUGAUAACCCAAAGACGAAUUCGUCAUUGACAGUUUCCUAUUUUCGUGUUACAUCUCACACUUGUGUGCAGAAUCUGUAUGUGUAUCUGUAUAGCCGUUUGUGAACCGCCGUAUGAAGGAAAAGAAGAAGGCGAGGCUUGAUUUACGAGUUGUUUCUCUCGUUUUCUUUGUGUAACGUCACGCGCUCCCCUCAAUAAUUAUUCUUGAAUUAGUGCCGAACCUACGUAAGUCCCGACCGAGUACGACAAUCACUACUUUAGUGUCCUCAAACAUCCUUCCUUCAGUCUUGGUGUCUCGCUGCACGUCGAAGGCUUUUAGGACUCGCUAGUCCGGUUAGCUUAGCUCGCUAGCCGCCAACAAAGAGACACAUUUGUGCAGUCAGGUCCUCGCAACGUAUCGCUCAACACAGAUCAAGUGUGUCAAUCAUUCACACGUAGUUAUGUUAUGCAAGUGAAGAACUGCUAAUUCAUUUAUAUGAGACAUGUAUUGAAAAUCAAAUAUCGGGCUUACCUUCGUGCAAACAUAUCUCUUCCGGUUGAUUUUAGAUGGAUUCAGUUGAUCAUGCGAUCUUCCACAAAGUUUGAUCCAUCGAAGACAUUUUUUGUACUCGGUCUUCGGUUUGGGAAAGGGUACGAAUUGAACUCCACCAACUAGCCUAUCAGGAUACCUGUCGUCACUAUUACAAAGUCUGUGACUACAUCUCUUAAUCAUAUCUAUUGUUAAGGAACCCAAAUACGUGAUAAAACGCUAACAAAAGCUAUAUUGGACCAUGCGACUUUGUCAGAGGUAAUGGCGGACCCCAGCAAGGGGCGUGGUUUAUGCAGAUCUCUGGCCUCUGAUUGGUUAGCGACGCGGAUGAUGCAAUUUCGACGGAGGGGUCAAUUGGGUUGCACCUGAAAUGUUAACAGACACCCGAUUGGCGGUCUUGAGAAUAAGCGGGCGGGGCCAAGGAACGAUGCAGUCGGAACAAGAACUCUUGUUACAAACAACAUGAAAUGUAAAACGGUGCAGUGGCCAUCUUGCUCACAGGGGGGUUUGGAACCCCAUGGAUGCAUCUGGCCAGGAUAAGGUCGCUGCGAAACAGGGGGACCCGCUUGGCGCGGGUAGCUCACAGGUUGGCGUCAGAGAAGAGCAAGACCAAGGCCUCGGCCGCCCGGAAGGGGUAAAACGCGCCGUUCAAACAAAAGGUGCUCUGUCCCGAGUCGUCGAACACAUCGAAAUUUACACACCGCAAAAUAAAAGCUGUCAUUCAGAGUUGGCUCAUAUUCAGCUUUUGAUCUGAAAACCAAAUGUCUUCAAUAUACAAGCAAAGCAAAGGAAUUGACCUCACGCGUCCAAUACUUUUGGAGGGGACUGUAUGAAUAAUGUCACCGAGGCCCAAUUUGCAGCAUUUGAAGAGGCUGACAUGGGUAGAGAUGUGUACGCCAUACUGGAUGGGUCGAGUCUUAACAUUGCACUAUAAUAUAUGCAGUAUAUAUUAUGUCAUUAUCCAAACUGCUUAUCCUCACAAGGGUUGCAGGAAAGCUUCAGGCGAAAGGCGGACUACACCCUGAACUGGUCGCAGGGCAGAUCCCAACACCAUCACUGAGCGGGAAUCGAUCUCACGCCGAAGGCAGGCGUGUGUACCACUACGCCAUCAAUGACUGAUCCCUGUACUUUGAGCUGUGAUGCAGAUGUGCUAACCGGUCAGCCACCGUUCCGCCCUGAAAAUGUCACAAAAAGUAGUACAAGUUGAUCCCCUUAGUAAAAAAAAAAAAAAAAAAAAAAAGGAUGCCAAACAAACAUUGUAUAGUUGGACGUGCGCAUCAUCAAAUUAAAGUCACCUGUCAAAGUUAUAGUGGAUGUUUGCCCAAAAACCAAAUAUUGUAUUACCAACUUUUUUGUAACCUGGCUUUUAAUCAAAUGUGAUUCGUAUGCCUUUUUAUUUUUUUCAUAUACAUACCUCAUUUUUUUUUUAUCAGUUGGUGGUGGUUGUUUUUUUUCCUCCCCUUUUCAUCCAUCAAUUUUUCCAUAGCGCUUAUCCCUUCCCGAGCUUUCUGGGAGCUCCACCCAACGUCAGCUGACAGAAGGCGAACGGCAGACUGCAACUCAGCGUGGGCGGCAAUCGAACAUAAAGACGGACAGAUGAGAAACACUAACUUGGAAUUUUGACUCGUGAACAGAAAAACUUGAUUUUGCUUUCGUACAAACAAAGAUUUGAAAUAAAAAUGGAUGCUUUCGGGGUCAAA